AUUAACGUGGUAUGAUGAGCGAACUAAGAAAGAUCGUUACCCAAUCAAUCCAGAAUUCACUUUGUGUUGUAUGAAUGGCAAGGUUCAAUUGCCUUUUCUCAAGCCUGCUCCUGAUUUACUCACCUAUUUACACAAAGCUGAGGACGAUUGCAGUAGGAAUUUCCUAUGCAAUCUUAGGGUGUAUAAUAUGAUGUUUGCAUUUACAUCUUUUGGAGGUAAAGUUGAUCCCUUGAUCAAUCAAGGUUCAAAUCCUCCUAUUUUCAAACUUGGGGGUCAAAAUCAUCAUUAUGUGGGCAGUCUUCUCCCUGUUCCAAAUGGGAGUCCUAAAUUUGCCCAACUUUACAUCUUUGAUACAGAUAGUCAAAUUAAAAACAGAUUGAAAUGUUUUGGGUUUAGAUACAUAGAUUUAAGGUUUGGAUAUAUGUUCAUUCAAGGGAAUAAGGAAACAAGGAGAAAGAGUGGAGGUGGUGGAAGAGAACUUUGGUAAUAAAAGGGUAAGCAUAAUACCUUUUGUCUCUACUAUAACAAUUGUUAUUGUAAAUAAAAGGUUGACUUGUGAUAUGUAAAAUGAAAAAAAAAAAUUAAUAGAUCUCAUCUAAAUAUUGUUCUUUUCUCUUUGAUUGUGUCUAAGCAAGUGUGUUGAAGUUCAUAUAAAACAUUUUCAUCUGC